AUGAAAGAAUAACUCCUUGGUAAAAUAGCAAGAUAUAGAAUAUUUUUGUAAUAAGGAUUACAGAUUCCAGAUGAAAAUGGUGAUGAUUUGAGAUGCAUAGAUUUUAAUUUUGAUAAAUAUAUCGAAUAGCAGUUAUAGAUUGAACAAGAAUAAAAAGUUGAAUAAGAUGAUUAAAAAAUAGUAUAAACAGAUAAAAAAAUACCAGAAUUAGAUUUCAAAUUGAAUGAUCAAGAUUUAGAAGGUUUAUUAAGGGAUUUAGAAAAUGUUAAAUUUGAUGGCGAAAUUGAUUUCACUAAAUAAAAUAUUAGCGAUCAAACUGUGAUUCGAUUAUCAGUGUUGAUUUAAAAACUUCCAAUAUCAUCAUUGAUAUUAAGUGAUACUAAAAUUUCUUAUAUCGGAGGAUUGGAGUUAGGCAAAGCAAUCCCUAAUAGUAAAUUAAAGAAGUUAAUUCUAACGAAUUGCAAUUUAGGUCAUAGUUCUAAUAUUUUAAUGGAACAAUUGCAUUUCUUGGAAGAAGUAGACUUUGGAGUGCUUGGCAAUAAAGCUCUUAGAUAUUUGUCAUAAUAAAAACAUGAAUUAUCACAUAUUGGAUUUCAAGAGGAUCCAAAAGAAGUGUGGGAUGUGCAAACUAAAGAACUGUUUUUGAAAUCAAUACCUAAUUCAUUAUUAAGCAUUCAAUUCUAAAUAGAUAAUGCGGAUCAUAAGAAAUUCAUAGGAAUAGCAGAAAUUAAAUGCUAAGAAAAUAGAGAUGCAUAUUUAAGAAAAAGAGCCAUUUAAUAUAAGAGUAAAGAUCUAGAUCCUGAUCAUCCUGAUUAUUACGAUUGCGAUGAUUUUAAAGUCAAUGCAUUUAAAUUCAGUGUGAAAUCUUAUUUAUCUAAUGUUUUCGAAUCAUUAUUAGAUGAAUCCUUAUAUUAUUUGGAGAAGGAAAGACAAAAUGUGCUUAGAGAUGAGGCUAUUUACCAUGUAACCAAUGAACUUUUACCCUAAUCUAUAAUGGAAGAUAUUUGUCAGGCAGAUGGUUCAUUAAUUGUAUUAGCUAAAUAUCUUUUGACCAAAAUUAAAAAAUGAUAUCAUUAAUAUAAAUUCAUCUUAUAAAUAUCAAUUG